CCGAAUUUAAGUUAUUUCUGUUCUUCACUUAUGAGAUAUUGAACAAUUAGAAUGUGGCAGCUUGCACUGUGACUUUGUUUAUUUAUGUAUUUAAUGUUGUUCCUGGUUUGGCGGAAGUGAUCAUCUCGCUACACACACGUGAGAGUUGCGUGUUCUGAAGUUUUACUCCAAAUUUACUCCGCCGCCCAUGAAAACCGAGAUCUGUGGUUUGCAGUAUGAAUGAACGAGGGCGGUAUCCUCCGCCGGACUUCGGCUGUUCACCUCCGGACUGCACCAUGAAAUCCCCGCAGUCGUUCCAGCAGCAGCCCCGCUCCAGCGGCUUCCAGCCCGGCAUGUGGAGCUGGAACCAGGAGGCCUGGCAGCCCCGAGCACCGGCGGAGAUCAGAGUGAAACCGGUCCAUGGUGGACACCCACAUGGUCAGUACUUUGGUAAUGAAUGGCAGCGAUGUGGAUAUCGUGGUGGAAGACAGAAUUAUGGUGCACCAAACAACUAUGGAAAAAAGAAAAAGAAGAGAGAACCAGAAUAUUCCCAUUUCUGUGACACAUGUGACCGGGGCUUCAAGAAUCAGGAGAAAUACGACGAGCAUGUGUCUCAACAUGUCAAGUGUUCUGUGACAAACUGCAGAUUUAUGGCUCACGAAAAACUUGUCAGUAUCCACUGGAUGAAUAACCAUGCACCAGGAGCUAAAAGAAUCAAGCUUGAUACACCAGAGGAAAUUGCAAAAUGGAGAGAGGAGAGGCGCAAAAAUUAUCCAACACUCGAGAAUAUUCAGAAAAAGAAAAAAUUGCUGGAGAUGAGAAGAGAGACGGGCAGUGUUCUUGAGACUGCUCAGUUUGGGCGAAUGAGGGGCAGAGGCCGGGGACGAGGUCGUGGCUGGGGUAACAGAGGGUACCGUGGCCGAUUCCAGCGAGCACCCGAUCAGUUCGACAGAGGUGCGCCAGAGGGACCACCGGCACCCAGUCAGCCCAGCAGAGACGGGGAUCCACUGGGUGCACUGGCCACCAGUGACCCCGAUUCUGACAGAGAGGACAAAGCUGCUGAGUCCAUGAAUAGUGGUCUGGUUGUCGCCCCAAAACAGAUGAGUUCAGCUUUGGGCUCUUUGCUGUCCAACUACGGCUCCAUGAGCGAAAGUGAUGGUGAUGAAGGACCAGAUGUCACCCCCAUUCAGAGAGCCAGAGAGCUUGUGCAAGAGAAUCAAAAACUUCUGAGCCAGAUACCACCAACCUCACAGGACAGAGGAACCAGUAGAGACACCGAAACGUCCAGAGACCCCCAGCUUGGACCUACGCUUCACCAGCCUCUCAAAAGAAAAGGAAGGAGAGGCAAAAGGGGAGGCCAAAGCACUGUGCCAACUCAGAAACGUCGCCCCACUCUGCUGGAGAUGUUACUUGCUCCAGAUAUCCGCCAUGAGAGGAAUGUCCUCCUACAGUGUGUUCGAUACAUCGUCCGAAAUGACUUUUUUGGGUUGGAGAGCAGCUCUCGGGACCAGGAGGUGAGCAAAGAGGCACCGAUCGUCACAGCUGCAGAUCAUGAAAACCCAUCAGAGGAAAAGAACACUGUGUUCCAGAGUGCUUUUCUGCUCAACGGACAGCGAGGUUCAGGAGAAGGUGCUGUUACAUGUGAAGCCACGUCAGAGGAAGGCGUCCGGGAUUCUGCAGGAAUGAGUGAAGCUGUGGAAUCCAAAUGUAAUGUGGUUGACUAUAACAUGGCUGAAAUGUCAGGGGAAAGGCACAGCCAAGAUAACAACCUACAGAGUAAACAAACUGACUCAGCACAAUGCAAGAAUCCUGCUGUGGACUCGGCACAAAGUGCAGGUGAUGGCAUCCAAAGUCCCAAAAAGACAACUGUCAAAGACUGUCGCAGCCCCGAGCUGAUGGCCACAAAUAAAAUUACAUCAACUUCUUACAUUUAUGAUGAUGAAAUAUGGGAGAGCCCCAGUGCUAUGAUGUAGAUUCUAGCAAAUUUGAACUACAACCCCAAAUUUGAAAAAGCUGGGAUCAUAUGAAAAAUACAAAAAAAAAAAAAAAUCAGUGAUGUCUUUGACUUCUGUUUCAC